AUGCUGCUCCUCCAGCUGCGUUUGCUGCUCUCUGCCACCGCAACCAACAGUGCAACCGCUUCCUCGCCAAGCCAGCCAAGCCAUAAUGGUGACGAAGGAGCUCUUCUCGCUUUCAAGGCAAAGAUGUCCGGCCACUCUGGCGUGCUGGACUCGUGGAACAAGAGCACCAGCUACUGCAGCUGGGAGGGCGUCACCUGCGGCAGGAGGCACCGGUGGAGGGUGGUAGGCCUGAACCUCAGUUCCCAGGGGCUCGCCGGCACCAUCUCCCCUGCCAUCGGCAACCUCACCUUCCUGCGCUUACUCGACCUGAGCUACAACAGCCUUCAGGGUGAGAUCCCAGGCUCCCAGCCAGCAUCGGCUCCCUCCGGCGGCUCCGAGGCCUUCACCUGGUUCAAAACACGCUCACUGGUGUCAUCCCGAGUAACAUCAGCCGCUGCAUCAGCCUCCCUGCAUGGCCGUCUACCAACUGACCUGGGGAAAAGACUUCCGAGCAUCCAACAGCUUGGGAUUGGAGAUAACCGAUUUACUGGAGCACUUCCUCCGUCGUUAACAAAUUUCUCCAGGCUCCAGAAACUUUACGCCGAAGUCAAUAGUUUUAUCGGAAUUGUUCCUUCCGGAUUGGGCAGAUUGCAAAAUCUUGAAGUGUUUGCUCUGUCUGAUAACAUCUUAGAAGCAAACAACGAGGAAGAGUGGCAAUUUAUUGGUUCUUUGGUGAAUUGUAGCAGAUUACAGGGACUGGGCUUUGGAUGGAACAGGUUUGUAGGGAAGCUGCCAGGUCCGUUGGUUAAUCUGUCUAUUAAUCUCCAGUGGUUGCAGAUUGCCAACAACAACAUAUCCGGUGUCAUCCCAUCAGAUAUUGGAAAUUUGGCAGGUCUUGAGAUGCUUGAUUUUGGCAAAAACUUACUCACUGGGGUCAUUCCUGAAAGCAUCGGGAAGCUUACACGAUUGCAGCUGCUAGCCCUCGAUUCAAACUACCUCUCAGGACAUCUACCAUCCUCCAUCGGUAACCUUUCCAGCCUACUUCAACUUUAUGCAGGCAACAACAGCUUGGAGGGACCAAUUCCACCAAGCAUUGGAAACUUGAGCAAACUUUUAGCCCUAGAUCUGUCAAAUAGCAACCUUACUGGAUUGAUUCCUAACGAAAUUAUGGAGCUGCCAUCGAUCUCAUGGGUUCUCGAUCUGUCCAACAACAUGCUGGAGGGACCACUUCCGUUAGAAGUUGGUAGUUUGGUACAUCUUGAACAGCUCUUCCUAUCAGGAAACAAACUGUCAGGUGAGAUACCUGAUACUAUUGGCAACUGCAGGGUCAUGGAAAUCCUCUCAAUGGAUGGCAACUCGUUCCAAGGAAGCAUACCUGCUACGUUCAAGAACAUGGCAGGCUUGACUGUACUUAAUUUGACGGACAACAAACAAGAUGGAAGCAUCCCUGGCAACCUGGCUACCCUUACCAACCUACAGGAGUUGUAUUUUGGCCACAACAAUUUAUCCGCAACAAUCCCAGAGCUUUUAGUUUAUUCAACAUCGCUGCUUCGUCUAGAUUUGUCCUACAACAAUUUGCAAGGUGAAGUACCAAAAGGAGGAGUUUUCAAAAAUUUGACUGGACUAUCAAUUGUUGGUAACAAUGCGUUAUGUGGGUGGAUACCACAGCUCCAUCUGUCAAAAUGCCCAAGCUCUUGUGCAAGAAAGAAUAGGAAAGGCACUCCCAAGUUUCUUAGAAUAGCAAUCCCAGCGAUAGGAAGUCUCAUCUUGCUUUUUCUGGUUUGGGCUGGAUUUCACUACAGAAAGUCCAAGAUAGCACCGAAGAAAGAUCUACCACCACAGUUUGCUGAGGUAGAGCUUCCAAUAGUUCCGUACAAUGAUAUACUGAAAGGAACAGAUGGAUUUUCAGAAGCAAAUGUGCUUGGAAAGGGAAGAUAUGGUACAGUAUACAAGGGCACACUAGAAAAUCAAGCCAUUGUCGUCGCCGUAAAGGUGUUUAAUGUCCAGCAAUCAUGA